GGUCUGUAACACGAGUUAGUGCUGUUUCUGUAUAGUUCAGACGUGUAUGGCUGUAUUAAUAUUAUUCUAGUGUCAGAUUUUGUUGUUUGAAUCUGCAUGUAUAAAUAUGAGCUUAGGAUAUGUACCGGUACUGGUAUUGAGUUCAGUUGCAUAUUGUUUUGACGAAAAGGUAAUUAAUUGUUAUGUUCUUGUUUACACAGUUUGUUAUAAUAAUCUGCCAGAGAAGCACCGAAUUCAAUGUCAGUUACCGCAGUUUCAACAUUAUAAUUAUCAAUUAGCAUUUAACCGGAACACAAUAUUUCAUGUUUGAUGACAUUACUGCAUUAUUUCUGGACUUUGUCCUGUGGAAGCUGGAUUUUCAUGCUAUUAAAAUAUUGAAACACGAGUCAAGCUGCAUUGAAUUGUUAUUAGAUUCGUCUGCUAGCAUUCCAUCAACAGACUAAGGAAGGGAUCGAAUGCCUGCAGCCACAGUAACUGACAAUAGGUCUGCUGAACUGUCAGAUUCGAGUCAUCAGGAAUAUUUACAGAAUUAACAACAAUAACAGUCAACAGAAUAAUGGCAAGUCAAGACAACCGAGAAGAAGGAGUAUCAAAGUUUACACCAACAGCUGACAAUCCAAAUUAUGUCAAUUCUGAUGUCAAUUCCGAGUUGCUUGCAUCUUCGAGUGGUAUGUCAAAAGAAAUAGAAGAAACAAUGAGCGAUAUACCCAAUGUGGAUUUAAGGUGCCUUUCCAAACAAGUUCAGCAUUUAACUGAUGAGAUGAAAGGUGAGGAUGAUGCACUUUCAAUUGCUGGUUCUGCUUGCUCUAAUUGCAGUCACAAAACAGAAAAAAGUUCAAUUUCUCAACAAAGCAACUCCAGCCUUGUUUCACUUAGACUGAAAUAUAAAACAAAUCUUGCUGACCUGAAAGUAAAGCAAAAGUAUCAGCAAGAGGAGGAUAGACUAAUGAAGGAGUUCCAGUCAUCAAUAAGCAAUCUUAAGCUUCGAAGAGAAAUUGAAGUAAAUGAAGCCUGCCUAUCUGUUCUUGAUGAAGAAGAAGUGAAACUUCAACUGGAAAGUAAUGAGCUCUCGGCUAUAGCCAGUCAGGACUCUGGUAAGGUUCCAGAGUCGUCAAGUUGCCAUGGAGAGCCAUUGCUAUUACAACUGGAAGGUACCAAGCAGUUGAAAUUAACCAAUCAAAAUUUAGGUGAGACAUCUAAGUUGCCAAUAUGCCAUGGAGAGCCAUCUCUAUCACAAUUAGAGAGUACCAAGUCUUUGAAAUUAACCGAACGGAAAUUAGAUGGGGGUUCCAAGUUGCCAAUAUGUCACGGAGAGCCAUCUUCACCAACAUCAGCUAGUUAUGUUUAUUCUGUUUCUGGUUCAACAAGACAUUUGCAAACACCAUCAACCGUAAUUUGCUCAUCACAUCCACAAUCUGUAAAUUCUGUCGUGCAGCACCUUCCAAUCGAUGGUCAAUGUUACACACAAAAUGCCAUGCAAAGUGUUCCGUUUUCAUAUGGGUAUGCACCAAUGAGCAAUUUACCAUCUCCACAACGCCUGUAUUCUACUGUGAGACAAGGUGAUAACUUGCUAAGCCAGCUCAAUGGUCAAAACAUUGUCAACAAUCACCCCUUUUCCAGUGGAAUUAAGACAACAUGUGAUAGAUCAGCAGAUAGAGGAGCUCAAUAUAGACUUCCAGAAAUCAAAAUUGAAGUAUUCACUGGGGAAAUUAUUAAAUAUCCAUCAUGGGAGACUGCAUUCAAUGGUUUAGUUGAUAACAAAGCGGCAUGUGUAGAACAAAAGUUGAAUUUGCUCAACCAAUAUUUGAGCGGUGAGCCGAAGGAACUUGUGCAAGGUUAUUUGUUACUUCAGACCGAAGAUGCAUAUGUAAUGGCAAAGGAGGAGCUGAAGCGAAGGUAUGGGAAUUCAAAUUUGAUAAGUAAAGCGUUUGCUACUAAAUUGAAAGAAUGGCCCAAUAUAGCACCACAUGACCCAAUUAGCAUAAGAAGGUUUUCUGACUUCCUAAAUCAACUUCUGGCUGCAAAAAGGCGGUUUCAGUGUUUGGGUAUUCUGGAUUACUCCCAAGAAAAUACGAAUAUUGUGGCAAAGUUGCCAUAUGACGUUAUAAACUUGUGGAGAAUUGAAGUUAGAAAGUAUAAACAAGAAAAGAAAAAUGAAAAUGCUUAUCCAUCUUUUGAUGUUCUUGUAAGAUUUGUGUACGAUCAAGCAGAGAAUGCCAACAUUCCAGAAUUGAGUGAUCUCAAAAAAGAAUCUAGAGCAUCAUAUCACAAAGCCGAUAUGUCAAACAGAAGAUCCAAGGUUGUGGUGCUAUCCACUUCAACAAAAGAAGAGUGUAAAUCACAAUGUAAAUUUUGUAAUAAGGAUCAUUUUCUCCAAGAUUGUGAGAAGUUCAUUAGUUUAUCAAGGAUGGACAAGAAACGAUUCAUUCUAAGCAACAAACUUUGUUUUGCGUGUGGCUCAGAAAGCGGUCAUUUUGCACGAAAUUGUAAAGAUAAGGCGAAGUGCAAAAUAUGCCAGAAAACUCAUAUGACUUGUUUUCAUCAAGCAGAAAAACAAAAGACGUCAGAGCAGACCACAUCUUUAUGCACUACGACCAGUAACAAGAUUGACCAAUUGCAUGACAUCGAAUGUGACUUAUCUAUGAUACUUCCAGUGUGGAUCAGAGAUAAAGGUGAUCAUAGUAAGGAAGUUUUGUCUUAUUGCAUUCUAGAUGAGCAAUCUAAUACAGGCUUCAUCAGUCAUCAGGUCCAGGAAGAACUUGGUGUCAAGGGACACGAAACCAGCAUAACUCUAUCAACAAUGUUCAAAAGCAAUGUGGCCAUUGCAACUAGAAAAGUAUCAUGUUUGGAAGUGCUCAGCUAUGAUCGUAAAGUGUGUAUAGGAUUGCCACCGGUGUACACUCGAGAAGAAAUUCCAAUUAGACGAUCACAAAUACCCACACCAGAUAAGGCAAGGGCAUGGCCUCAUUUAGAAAAAAUUGCUGAUCUAAUUCCACCAUAUCAUCCAAUCGUUCCAGUUGGAUUAUUGCUUGGGAACAACAUUCCUAGUGUACUGAGACCUAGAGAAAUAAUUGCUGGCCGUGAUGACCAGCCAUAUGCUCAAAGGUCAAUUCUGGGCUGGGGAAUUGUUGGAGCAGUACGGAGGUCUUCACUCAAACCAGCUGUUUCUCAUCUGAUUGAUACUGAUGUAAGCAACCAUGAUGUAGAUAUUUAUCCUGAAGUAACAUGCAGAUUUGCUUUAUUGACAAAGACAAAAGAAAUUAUUGAGCCUCACCAUCUACAGCGAAUGCUGGAGCUAGAAUUCACAGAGCGUGAAAAUAAAUACAGCGAGCUUUCUAUUGAUGACUCUCGAUUUUUGAAAAUUUUAUCAGAAAAUAUAGUCAGAACCAAUGAUGGUCAUUUCGAAAUGCCUCUGCCUUUAAAGUCUAGGGAAGUUUCAUUACCAAAUAAUAGAUCACUAGCAUUGCGUAGACUGCUCCAACUUAAAAAGAGACUACUGAAAGACGAAAGAUUUAAAAAUGACUACCUUUUGCAGGGUCCGAAUUUAAUGUCAAAUUUGGUUGGAAUUUUGUGGAGAUUCAGGCAAGAUUCUAUUGCAGUAGUAAGCGAUAUUAAGUCCAUGUUCCACCAGUUUUAUGUAAAAGAAGAAGACAGAAAUCUCCUACGGUUCUUAUGGUGGGAAGAUAGCAACUUUAACAGAAGUAUCGUAGAAUUUCGAAUGAAAAGUCAUCCAUUUGGAGCAGCCAGCAGUCCAGGUUGUGCAAACUUUGGUUUAAAACGAUGUGCUGAUGAAGGAGAAGCCGAAUACGGAGAAGCGGCAGCUAACUAUAUUCGACAGGAUUUCUAUAUGGAUGAUGGGUUGAAGUCUGUGGCUACAGUUGAAGAAGCAGUUCAUUUAAUUCAACAGAGUCGAGCACUCUGUGCCAGUGCUGGCCUCAAAUUGCAUAAAUUCAUAUCUAAUAACAGUGAAGUGCUUGAAUCCAUACCAGAAGAUGAAAGAGCUAAGGAUAUUAAAACUCUGGACGUCACAGUUGAUCCUCUACCAAUUGAAAGGACUUUGGGUAUUGUCUGGUGUAUUGAAUCCGACGAUUUUCAGUUCAAAAUAGAAAUAAAGGAUCUUCCGUUUACUAGAAGAAACAUCCUCUCCUCGGUGAGUUCUAUUUUUGAUCCUGUGGGAUUUUUAGCACCAGUUGUUUUAAGAGGAAAAAUGAUUUUACAAGAACUCUGCAAAGAAAAAUAUGACUGGGAUGACCCAGUGCCUAAUUAUUUGCGAAGUAAAUGGGAAAAAUGGCGCAAUGAAAUUCUAGAAUUGGAGCGACUGAAGAUUCCUCGCUGUUAUAAACCUGAAGACUUUGGCCGUAUCAGCUCUGUUGAACUUCAUAGUUUCUCGGAUGCCAGUGAAAUUGGUUAUGGCCAGUGUACUUAUUUGAGACUGACUAAUGAGCGGGGUGAGAUUCAUUGCAGUUUUGUUAUGGGAAAGGCUCGUGUAGCCCCGUUGAAGCAAAUCACAAUACCAAGAAUGGAGCUGACUGCAGCUGUGAACUCAGCAAAAAUGAGUGACCUAAUUGUUCGGGAGCUCGAGUAUAAGGACAUCAGUGUUUUUCAUUGGGUGGAUAGCAAGGUAGUUCUCGGCUACAUAAAUAAUGAGGCAAAAAGAUUUCAUGUGUUCGUAGCUAAACGUGUGCAACAGAUACACGAUUUGAGUAAAUCUGAUACAUGGUUUUACAUCGAUUCAUCUGCGAAUCCUAGUGAUGACGCCUCAAGAGGCAUAAGUGUAAGAGAACUUCUUUAUGAUUCUCGCUGGCUAAGAGGACCAGAAUUUCUUUGGCAACAAGAUCAGAGUUGGAAAAGCUCAUUAUAUAAAGCUAAUGAGGAAACUGAAAAUUGUUUGAUAGAGGAAACGAUGAAUCGGCGAACUAGUAAUUAAUCCCAUAUGUAAUUAUUGAGAGUUGGUUCCGUAAGUGUAAUUUUCUUUAGAUUUUGUAAGGAAUCUAUGUGUAAAUAGUGCUGUUUCUUUCUUAAUGUUACUCUGUUUAAUUUUAUAUGUUCAUUGAGUUAGGUUUAGAGUCGAUUUGUAUAAUUGCAAAACAUAGUAGGUAGUUAUUGUUUUGCAGGAGAGCCAUGUUACUGCAGCGGUUUGCAGCAGUGUCUUUAAUGAUUGACGGGCGAGAUUGUAUGACGUCAUAGUUAGAAUGUUUCGUUUAGUUAGAAUGAUCUGGAAAUCAUGUUAUUUCCUGUCUCUGGUCUGUAACACGAGUUAGUGCUGUUUCUGUAUAGUUCAGACGUGUAUGGCUGUAUUAAUAUUAUUCUAGUGUCAGAUUUUGUUGUUUGAAUCUGCAUGUAUAAAUAUGAGCUUAGGAUAUGUACCGGUACUGGUAUUGAGUUCAGUUGCAUAUUGUUUUGACGAAAAGGUAAUUAAUUGUUAUGUUCUUGUUUACACAGUUUGUUAUAAUAAUCUGCCAGAGAAGCACCGAAUUCAAUGUCAGUUACCGCAGUUUCAACAUUAUAAUUAUCAAUUAGCAUUUAACCGGAACACAAUAUUUCAUGUUUGAUGACAUUACUGCAUUAUUUCUGGACUUUGUCCUGUGGAAGCUGGAUUUUCAUGCUAUUAAAAUAUUGAAACACGAGUCAAGCUGCAUU